ACCCCGUGAUGGCGGCGCACCACGGCUCUGCCGCCGCCGCCAAACGCUCCUCGCGCCGGGAGCUCUGGCGGCAGCGCUUCAUGGGCAACCUGCAGCGAUCCGGCCUCCACAUGGAAGAGGAGUUGGUGGAGACGCAGACAAGCCGCAAAACACUUUGUUUCAUUAAGCUCCAUGCCACGUGGUCUGUACUAUGCCACUAUGCAGAAGAACUGAAUAUGAGAGCACCAUUACAGGCUCAUCCAAAUCCUUCAAUUAACUGGUCUGAACAGAUACUCAAAGCUCUCCGGCUGCCAAAUAUUAUGUAUGAAGAUGUUCCCAACAAACCUCUUGAUUACUAUACUUGUCCAUUUCGCAAGUCUAAAAUAGACAGGUUCCUUGGCAGUGAUAACCAUGAUACUUACUUUACCAAUGUUCAGCGUAGUCGCAUAUUGUAUGAGAUCCUUUCAACAGCUAUAUUUGGCAAGAAGAAGAAAGGUGAAGUGGGCAUUGAAAGGCUAGUGGAAGAAGGGGUCUUCUGCUCAGCAUUUCCUCUACAUGAUGGGCCUUAUGAAGUGAAGAGAAGAACUGAUGGCACACCACUAGGACCACUCAAUCCCCGUCAGGUCCUCUAUGAAUACUGGGCCCGUUGGGGAAAGUGGUAUAAGUACCAACCACUUGACCAUAUUAGAGAAUAUUUUGGUGAGAAGAUAGCAAUCUACUUUGCUUGGCUUGGCUUCUACACUGGAUGGCUACUGCCUGCUGCUGUGGUUGGCUUGUUGGUCUUCAUGUAUGGUGUUUGCACAAUGCACUCAAAUAGACUGGCAAAAGAAGUAUGCAGUAGCCAAGGACAGUUUAAGAUGUGUCCUCUCUGUGAUGUGGAAAUUGGUUGCAAUUAUUGGGACCUGAGUGAUGUUUGUGGCUAUGCUCAAUUUGCCUACCUCUUUGAUCAUCCAGGCACAGUCUUCUAUGCAAUUUUUGUUUCAUUUUGGGCUGUAACUUUCCUGGAGUACUGGAAACGCAAGUCUGCAAGCCUGGCUCAUCACUGGGAUUGCAUGGGGUUCCAGGAGGAAGAGGAACGGCCACGGCCAGAGUUCGCAGCACGUGCCCCAUUUCUGGAACGUAAUCCUGUUACUGGAGUGAGGGAACCAAGCUUCCCUUCCUCCCUACGGCACAAACGCAUUGCUGCAGGAAUUGGAAUAAUUUUUUUGAUGAUGUCCCUGGUUAUAAUUUUCAUUAUUGCCAUCAUAAUAUACAGAGUGCUUGUGUCUAUUCCACUGUUCCAAAAUGCAACCCUCAGAUCACAGGCACAGGCCAUAGCCAACCUUACAGGUGCCGUAGUGAAUUUAAUUCUUAUAAUGGUCAUGAGCCGUGUUUAUGAGAAGCUUGCUUAUCGUCUCACAACAUGGGAAAUGCAUCGUACACAGACAGAAUUUGAUGACAAUCUAACAUUCAAAGUGUUCAUUUUCCAGUUUGUGAAUUUCUACUCAUCAAUAUUUUACAUAGCAUUUUUCAAGGGUCGUUUUGUUGGUUAUCCUGGAAACUACACUAAAAUACUGAAACUCAGGAAUGAAGAUUGCAGUGCUGGAGGAUGUCUGAUUGAAUUAGCACAGCAAUUAGCUGUCAUAAUGAUUGGAAAGCAGAUAAUAAACAAUGCGCAAGAAAUACUUGUCCCAAAGUUGAAAGCAUGGUGGCACAAGAAACAAGUUAAGCUUACUAAGAAGCACAAAACCCGAUGGGAAGAAGAUUACCAACUUAUACAGAAUGAAGGACUUUUUCAAGAAUAUCUGGAAAUGGUACUCCAGUUUGGUUUCAUCACAAUAUUUGUAGCAGCAUUUCCACUUGCUCCAUUGUUUGCUCUCCUCAAUAACUGGGUUGAAAUUCGUUUGGAUGCACAAAAGUUUGUGUGUGAAACAAGACGCACAGUUGCAGAGCGGGCAGAGAAUAUAGGCAUUUGGUUCAAAAUUCUUGAUAUGCUGGCACAUCUGGCAGUCAUAAGCAAUGGUUUCCUCAUUGCUUUCACUUCAGAAUUUUUACCCAAAUUAUUGUAUCAGUACGAGUAUGAUUGGGAUCUGACUGGAUACGUGAAUUUCACAUUGGCAUAUGCUCCAAAGGGGAAUACAACUGAACAGUGCCGUUAUCGUGGAUUCAGAGAUGAGACUGGUAGUCACACACCAUUUUUUUGGAGACUGCUUGCUGUGCGCUUUGCCUUUGUCAUCAUUUUUGAGCAUGUUGUCUUUGGGAUCUGCCGACUGAUUGACAUCUUGGUACCUGAUAUACCAGAAAGCCUUGAACUGAAGAUAAAGAGGGAACGUUAUUUAGCAAAGCAGGCACUUCAGGACUCUGAAACAAUCCUCAAGGUUUAG